UCUGGGCGGUAGCCGGGCUGUGGCAGGAAGCCGGAAGCAGUCGCGGCCCCAGCUCGGGAGACAUGGCGGGCGUUAAAGCUCUCGUGGCAUUGUCCUUCAGUGGGGCCAUUGGGCUGACUUUUCUCAUGCUGGGUUGUGCCUUAGAGGAUUAUGGCGUUUACUGGCCCUUGUUUGUCCUGAUAUUUCACGUCAUCUCUCCCAUCCCCCAUUUCAUUGCCAAAAGAGCAACUUAUGACUCCGACGCCACAAGUAGUGCCUGCCGGGAGCUGGCAUAUUUUUUUACUACUGGAAUUGUUGUCUCUGCCUUUGGAUUUCCUGUUAUUCUUGCCCGUGUGUCGGUGAUCAAAUGGGGAGCCUGUGGCCUUGUGCUGGCAGGCAAUGCAGUCAUUUUCCUUACAAUUCAAGGUUUUUUCCUUGUAUUUGGAAGAGGAGAUGAUUUUAGCUGGGAGCAGUGGUAGCACUUUAUUCUGAUAAAAUGCAUUUUAUUUCUUAGAAGUCAUACUAUAUGUAUUUGUUGCACAUAUGGCCUUUUACUAUGAAAUUUCAUAUGCUGAUUUUUUUUAUGCCUUUAUAUCGUGUUCACUGUAAGAAGAACUACAUGAGAUAAAGAUUCGUUUUAUUUCCAGCCAGCAGCACUCUCCAUUUACUCAAGUUGAAUUAGGUUAUUUGUUUGGCUGUUCAUAUAGUCACGGUGCUCUCAGAAAAUACAUGAACACAGUCUUGUAGAUGGCUGCUCACUCGUGCAAGGCACCUUUUGCCCCGGGGAUGUGCGUGGUGGGCAGAGAACACUGGAGCGCGAGUCUCCUUCUGCCCAGGACUCCCAAGAUGUACUUGCGGCCCAGAGAGAC